AUGGAGAAGUGCACAGAAUCACCACCUACUUUGCAGGUAGAGCCUUCCUUUCCUUGGGAAGAUAAUGUGAUGGUAGAGCCACAAAUGCAGCAUCUAGCAGAGGGUAAUACUGCUCUGAGGAGCCAAGUCAUGCCUACUGUGACUACCCCAGUGACAUCUGCAUCCUACUCACUGGAACAUCAUACUGAGUCUGAUAGUGACUCUUCCAACCUCUCAGGGUUUCUGGCUCAGGUGACUACCUACUUAACACCUCUGAAAUGUCCUAAUCCUACAGAUGAUGCCGAGGUCAAGCACUUUUGUGACUUCUCAUCUCAUCAGAUUCAAAGAUGUGGUAUCAUAUCAGGGUCUGACCGUAGUACUCUUCUACAGCAAUAUGAGAACUUUGUUCUUGAGUUCCAGAAGUCAUUUGAUGAACCCAUGCAGCAAGAAAUGAAUCCCCUGAUCAGUGCUGAUGCUGACAAAGAGAACAACUCCUCUCAAAAGGAUGCUGCUACUUUCCAGAGCUUUGCUCUAAACAUGAACUUUAAUAUGACCAAUCAGAAUAAUCCACUUCAAGAGGGAUUGCCUGGCCCUAUCCAAAAUGAAAACAGUAUCACAAAUAUGAUGAACAAUCUCCCAGACCUGAUCACUCAGUGCAUUCAGUUGGACAAGAAAUAUAAUGACAAACCAGAGCUCCUACAGUCAGAGACACAGGUUUCAGAAUUGCCUUCCCUGAUCUAUCCCAAAUCCCCCUCCAGAGCCAUAGGUCUGCCAUUCAAAGAAGAGCAAACACAACUUCGAGGGGGCCAGCUGCCUCUCACUCCAGCCAAAAGAGCCCGACAGCAAGAAACUCUAUUGUGUCUUUACUGUAGCCAGGCUGGUCAUUUCACAGAAGAUUGCCUUGCCAAACGUUCUCGAAGUCCCAACACAGACCACCCAGCUCACCAGUAA